UAGAGGGCAGUGAAUCCAAACUCACGUGCGCGUGUUGCUGUUUUCGUGAAGACUUAUGGCUGCUGUGGCCCUAGUGCAGGGUGCUAGCAGAGGACUUGGGCUUGAGUUUUGCAGAUAUCUACUUUUAAAUAAAGCUCCAGCCGCCGUAAUAGCAACAUGCAGAAACCCGGACAGCGCACAGAAUCUGGCCGCAUUAUCCGCACAGUACCCGGGUAGAAUGACUGUACUGAAACUGGACGUAAACAGGGAGGAAGACAUCAAAAGCGCAUCUAAAAGAGUCACAUCUGAAUUUGGGAAAUUGGAUUUGAUUAUUAACUGUUCUGCUGUGCUUCAUCCGUCCGGUAAAGGAGAAACAAGUUUACGAGACGUGUCCGCUCAGGGAAUCAUCUCCACAUUGACCAUUAAUACUGUGGGUCCACUGGUGAUGGUCAAGUAUUUUGCCCCCCUGCUGCAGAUCGGUACAGGGGCAUUUGGCCAACAACCAGAAGAGAAAGCAAAACAACACACCGGAAUCAUUGUUAACAUGAGUGCUAGAGUGGGAUCAAUCGAAGACAAUGCUCUUGGAGGAUGGUACAGCUAUAGGAUGUCUAAAGCUGCUUUAAACAUGGCCACCAGAAACCUGUCCAUCGAGCUGGGUCGUGGACAAUCAAAAAUUGUGUGCGUGUCCCUGCAUCCUGGAACUGUGAAUACAGAUUUGUCUCGGCCUUAUCACCGAAAUGUUCCCAAGGACAAGCUGUUCAGCACAGAGUACUCUGUACAGUGUCUUAUGAAUGUCAUAGACAGCUUAAAUAUUACCAAAACAGGGAAAGCGUAUGCAUGGGACAGCACGGAAAUUCCCUGGUAGACAAUUUGAGCAAAGACAGACUGUCUUUUACGGUUUAAGGUCAAGAUGAAUUAAAGAAAUUAUGCAAUAA